AUCCUCUCCCAUAAAGCAACAUGAGCUGGGACGCCUACGUGAAGAGCCUUGAAGAUGGGUCGGCCAAGUGCACCUACGCAGGCAUCUAUGGUCGCCAGGGCGGCUGCUGGGCCGAGAGCGAAAACAAGAGCACCUUCAACAUCACCCAGGAACAGAUCUCCCAGGCGGUCAACAUCAUCUCUACUGGGGAUCAGAGUGUCUACGGCAACGGCAUCACGCUGGGACAGGCCAAGUUUACGUGCCUCAAGCUGGAUGUAGACAGUUUGCUCUUACAAGGCAAGAGCCCGGACUGGAACGACUACAGUCUGGUCAUAUCUCUGACAGCUACCGGGGUGAUCAUCGGCUUAAACCACACACCAGAGGUGAAGACCCAGACUGUGUGCACUGCUGUAGAAGGAAUGAAAGACUACUUGAAAAAUGUUGGCUAUUGAUCCUAUUUCCUCCUUUUAUUAUUAUUAAUUAUGAUUAUUCUAAUUAUGAAUUGUCGACUUUAGUGGACAACUGGAGUAAUAUUAUUAUAGUAUUGGUCAGGCAGGUUGGGUUUUUUUUCGCCAGUGGGAUGGGGAGGGGAUUUUUAGUUUUUCAGGUGGGUUUUUGGUUUUUUUUUUUUUUUUGUUUUUUGUUUGUUUAAAUAACUCUACAGCAGAUCAGUUGAUGGACAUGUCCUUGCUUAGGUAGUUUGUUUGAGUUUUUAACUAUAGCAUCAUUUCACAGCAGUUGUUGGCUCAAAGUUCUUCUCUUGACUGUGAAGUCAGUUGGCAUGCCUGAAGCUUUUUAAAAAAAAAUCUGUGAGUUUUUUGUUUGUUUGUUUUUUUUCUUCUCUCUCUUUCUGUUUCUUUCUUUGUGUGUGAUUGGUAAGGUACAGUACAACAAUUGUGGUCUUUUCAUGUUGGGCAUAAGUUGUAUUUGUUUGCCUUCAUUCAUUGAUUUAUUCACACAUGUUCUCAUACAAGAGUUGAUCAGAUGAAUGAAUGUGGUAUUUUGUAAAGGUACACAGUUGUUUUCGAAAGAACUUUUUGUUCUUCAAAUUCUGAAAAAAAAAUUUGGGUGUUUUUGUAACGUCGUUCUGGAAGUAGUUUUAUUUUUUUUAAUUAAAAAAAAAUUUUUUUUUUGUAAACUAUUGUUGCUGUUUUCUGUGUCGGCAAUUGGGUGCUGUUUGCUGUUUGGGCACGGCUCCUGGGCUGACCAGUGCGGCAUGUACACCUGGAGCAUGUGGCAGAGCCGUGCUAUAUCGUGCGCUGUAGAAAUGGACAUGUGACAAGUACUCUUGUUUUGCUACCACUAACUGAAAUAAAUACUUUUUUUCACCAUGUA